AAAUAAUACUUGUCAAAUACACACCAAUGCACACAUAACAACCAACUAUUAAACAAACAAAUAUUGGUAUGCAAAAUAACAAUAAAGUCAGUGUAUAUAAACAAUAAACAAUAAUGGAAGGAGUUCAAAUGGUUGACAUUGACAAGCUGAUUGACAAUCUCCAAGAGGUACUGAAACUUCAAGAUGUCAAUAAUGAUCCAACAAAUGAAAUUGAAAUAAUAAAAAUAUUGGAUUUAUUAGUUGACAAUACAAAUGAUUUUGACAAAGAUGAAUUUAAAUUAAAUAUUGAUUAUGUUUUUUUGACAUUAUUAACAAAUGGGACAAAUAAAAUUAUAUCAAAAACAGCAAGAGCAAUUGCUGAAAUAUCAAAAUGUGAAAAAGGAAGAAUGAAAUUUACAAAUAAAAUAUUGAUUGAUAAUUUGAUGAAUCAAUUAAUGAAAAAUGAUGUUGAAAUAUUGACACAAGUGUCUCGGGCUCUUGGAAAUAUUUGUUACGAAAAUGAACAGGGUAAAAAAAUGGUUCAAGAAGCUGAUGGUCUUAAGUGUAUAAUAGAUGUUAUUAAAAAAUCAUUAAAACUUGAAGUAACAGAAUCAUCUGAAAUAUUAAAAAAUGUAUCUGUUGGUUUUUUAUUAAACUAUCUUGCUGAUCAAAAAGAUAUUAAACAAUCUAUAGUUGAUGAAGAAAUAAUACCAAUAAUUUAUAACAUCUUGGAAGUUGAUGCAAAAAAUGGUAAAAAAUCAGCAACACAUGCAUUAUUAAUUCUUGAAAGUCUCAAUGAAUCUGGUCUUGAAUUUUUUAAUGAUAAAUUAAUUAAAAUACUUGCUGAUAUACUUGAAAAUGAUACAUCAACUGAAUUAUCAGAAUUAUCAUUAGAAUUAUUACAUAGUCAAGCUGAAAAUGAUAAAAUUCAAAUAAUGCUUGCUAAAGCUGGUGUUUGUAAAGUUCUUGUUAAUUUAUUAGAAAAACAUAUUGAAAAAUGUAAAGAUGAAGAAGCAAGAACACUUUUAAAAAUAGCAUGUAAUUUAAUUGUCAUUAUAAUAACUGGAGAUGAAAGUAUGAAUUUAUUAUAUGACAAUAGUAAUGGUUUAAUAUACAAAAAAAUGAUAUCAUGGCUUGAUAAUAAUACUGAUGAUGAUUUAAAAGUAACAGCUGUAUUAUCAAUGGGUAAUUUUGCAAGAACAGAUGCUCAUUGUCAAUUAAUGGUAUCUCAGGGAGUUCAUAAAUUACUUAUAAAUCUUUUAAAAAAUAAUAAUAACAGUGAUGGUGAUAUAAGACUUCAACAUGCAUUAUUAUCAGCAAUUAGAAAUUUAGUUAUACCAAUUAAAAAUAAAUCAAUUAUGAUUAAUGAUGGACUUAUUGAUGUUGUUUAUCCAAUGAUUGAAAUUCAAACAUUUCCAGUUGUUUUUAAAUUACUAGGAACAUUGAGAAUUGUCAUCGAUGGACAAGAAAAUGUAGCAAUUGAGCUUGGAACUAAAAAUGAUUUAAUUGAAAAAACAAUAAAAUGGUGUAAUUCUGAGGAUCAUGCUGGUGUACAAGGUGAAGCAAAUCGUUUACUUGCAUGGCUUAUUAUUAAUAGUAAAAAUCAAAAUGUCAUUUCAUUGAUGAUUAAACAAGGAGCACUUGAAUAUUUAAUUAAAAUGAUAACUGCUGCUUAUCCUAUAAUGCAAAAUGAGGCAUUAUUAAGUCUUGCUAUUAUGACUGCAGUUAAUUUAUCUGAUUGUCAAAAUGAUCUGAUACAGGCUGAUGUUGCUGGACAAUUGGUUAAAUUUAUACAAAAUAGUAAUGAUAAUAAUUUGGAAGAGCCAAUUAUUGAAAAUGCUAUUACAUUUAUUACAACUAUUAUUAAAUCAGAUUUAUUGAAGGAUCAUAUUAAACAAUCAAAAUUAUCAUCAUGUUUAAAUGAUUAUACAAAUUCACUACUUCAAUCAUCACAAUUAAAAGAUAAAAUAAUUAAACUGUGCAAUUUAAUUGAAGACUAAAAAUUAAAAAAUCUAUAAUUGACCAAUAAUUAAUUACGUACUGGCAUAUUUUAUAACGAAAUUCAUUCCAAAUGAUUCAAUUCUAUUAUCACAAUUUUUUUUAUUAAUAUACACACAAUGAGGAUUAGCUGUGCCAAAAUUUAAACUAUUUUUAUUACAAUUAAUCAAAAUGAUAAAUUAACAUAAGUGUAUAACUUUUAUAAAAAAAAAAAAAAAGAAUAAAUAUUUGAUUGGAUGUAGAAGAUAUAAAAAAAAAAAAACAAAG